AUGACAAUACCAUUGUUGUCGAAAUUGAUAACCUUCUCAUUGGAUGGCCUGACAUACACAAUCAAUUUCAUACCUGAGUGUCCAGGACCAGUGAAGUUGAUAUUGCGCUUGAAGGAUGCAUCAAAGUUUAGAUGGGUUGAGGAUGAGGAUAGUGAAGAUGAGGCAGAGGGGACGGUAAAACCAACAAGUCACUUGCCACAAGUUACUGAAGAGGACCCAGACAUUACUAUGGUCUGUGAGGCAACUCCCAAGAAUACUACAGCUCAACACUUCAGUGCAAAACCUGUGGAGUUGCAUGGCGUCCACAGAGACCCUCAUUCUGUAUGUCUCACACGGGAGAAGUUUGAGGAGGAGCAUGGUUAUACAUGGCCCCCCGCUGUGGCUUCAGGGUGGUCUCUUCUGAAGUACCAACCACUCAACUUGAUGCGAUAA